UAGGUGAUUUUUGAGUUCAGAACUUGAGACAAGACACUUGGUCAAAUUUUUAUGAUCCGUGGUUUACCAACGCGUCGAGGAUUAUGGCAAGAACCUUGCCGCAAAAGCUCGAACUCCUUUUCUUCCUAUAUGCCGGGGGGUACCCAGCUCUGAUUCAGAAGGUACUAGUACUAGAGCAUUCAAGCAAACACAAACAUGGAAUCGCUGCUGUUCCAGAUUUUGACGAAGACAAAGAGAGACUCAUAGCAAAAGUAGCAAAUUCAAACCCAGGGUUCGAUUCCAUCUAUAGAGAAAUGAAAGAAACCAAGACUCUCCGAGGGUCUCCAGGAGAAAUUUGGGAUAGUAGCUGUAGGGCACAGUUCUUCUCCAGUAGAAGUUUGAGAGGAUCAAGAUCGAGGCUUGAUUUCUAUUCUCGCGUCUCGUAGAAAGAUCGCAAAUCCGAGUUCAUGAACUUCAGAAAGAAAUGACGGGGACG